UUCGCCUCUCAACUUCUCAACGCUAUCUUCUUCUUCUUCUUCUUCUUUACUUCUCCUCUUUAUCUUCAACAAUGGCGCAAAACCACCACCGCGGGUGCCACCGUCGGAACCACCAGGAGACAGUCGGGGAGACCGAGGAGAAAAGAUCCAAGUUCUUUAUCAACGACCACGCGGACAUCCUCAUAGAAAUACUUAAACGCCUCGAUGGACGUUCCCUCUGCGUCGCCGCCAGCGUCUGCCGUCUCUGGUGCGCCAUUGCUCGCAACAACUCCCUCUGGGAAAACCUAUGCUUUCGAAACGUGUCUCCUCCAACUUCCAGCGUGCGGUCCGUGGUUCUUGCCCUGGGCGGCUACAAACGCCUCUACGUGGGUUGCGUGAGACCGGUGCGGAGCCUACUCGGACGAGUCAGGAGAGCUUCUAUGGCUCGCGACGAGGUCCAGCUCUCGUUGUCUUUGUUUUGCGUUGAUUACUACGAAAGACUUGGUGGAAGAAAUAGUAACGGGAGACUCGUCGGGGAAUCCUCACCAUCCUCGCUAAUGUUCCUAUGCAAGCCCGUGAAUGUUUGAUUUUUCGUCGCCUUUUAUCUUAUUUAUAUUUUCAAUUUAUUAUACUUUAAAAAUGAAAAUUAUCAUAAAAUUCUUU